CUGGAAAAUCAAAGGGUUCCUGUGGGGUGCUGGUGCUUCUGCCUGCCAGACAGAGGGUGCUUGGGACAAGGAUGGGAAAGGGCAGAGUAUCUGGGAUGCUUUUGGGCACCAAGAAGGAAAAGUGUUUAUGAACCACGCCGGGGAUUCAUCAUGCGAAGGCUACUACAAAGUUAAAGAGGACAUUCAGCUGCUGAAAGAACUGAAGGUUAAUCACUAUUUGUUUUCCAUUUCCUGGCCCCGUAUUCUGCCCACAGGGAUCAGAGCACAAGUGAAUGAGAAAGGCUUACAGUUCUACAAUGAUACCAUCAACGUUCUCUUGGAAAACAAAAUUAUUCCCUUUAUAACUCUCUAUUACUGGGAUCUGCCUCAGGCACUUCAAGAACAAUAUGGUGGGUGGCAGAAUGCGAGCAUGAAGGGCUAUUUCAAGGAUUACGCAGAUUUGUGUUUUGAGAACUUUGGGGACCGUGUGAAACACUGGAUUACUUUUAACAACCCCUGGGCAAUUGCGGAGGAAGGGUAUGGGACAGGCCAGCAUGCACCAGGCCUCACACUGGGCUCAGAAGGCAGUUACAAAGCAGCACACAAUAUCAUCAAGGCUCAUGCAGAGGUGUGGCACGCUUAUCACGAGAGAUGGCACCAUGAACAGAGAGGCAUGGUUGGGAUUUCUUUGACCAGCGCUUGGGGCGAACCUGUUGAUUUGUCCAAGAAGGAAGAUGUGGAAGCAGCCGACAGAUACGUGCAGUUUUCUCUGGGAUGGUUUGCCAACCCAAUUUACCAUGGAGACUACCCAGAAGUUAUGAAGGCUUGUGUAGGUAGGAAGAGCGCCAAGCGAGGUUUGCCAUCACGACUACCAACUUUCUCAGCACAAGAGAAACGCUAUAUUAAGGGAACCGCGGACUUCCUCGGGAUAAACCAUUUCACCACCUAUUAUGUUUCGCAGAGGAACUUUUCCUCCGAUGAGCUGAGCUAUUUCACAGAUCGUGACUUGGUGGAAUUAGUGGACCUCAGAUGGCCAGGUUCAGGGUCUCGGUGGCUCUAUUCCGUGCCCUGGGGCUUCCGAAGGCUACUCAACUUUGUCAAGGCUCGAUAUGGAAAUCCACUGAUUUACGUGACCGAGAACGGCAUUUCAGAAAAGCUACAGUAUGCCCAGCUGUGUGAUGAAUGGAGAACAGACUACCUUAAGGGGUAUAUUAAUGAGAUGCUAAAAGCUAUGAAAGAUGGUGUUAACAUACAGGGCUAUACCGUUUGGUCUCUGCUGGAUAAGUUUGAAUGGAAUCAAGGUUAUUCCGAGAGAUUUGGACUCUACUAUGUUGACUUUGAAAGCCAGAACAAACCUCGCUACCCAAAAGCAUCUGUUCACUAUUACAAAAAUAUCAUUGCUGCAAAUGGAUUCCCUAAUCCAAGAGAGGUGGAGAGUUGGCACCAGGAGGCCAUGGAGAUGUGUUCUGUUACCAACCAACUCUUUGCAGAGCCUUUGACAACUCACUUGGAAAUGGUGACGGAGAUUGUUGUACCGACAGUUUUCACGUUCUGUAUACUCAUCAGUGCUGUUCUGUUGCUAUUUCUACUCAGGAAACAUCAUUAGCAAAAACCUCGACCGCUUAGACUGUACCUUUAUCUACAAAAUGUUCCCAGACAACUGCAGCUGAAAAGGCAAGAGGCCAUCUUUCCCUCUUAGCUUUCUCUCCUGGCUGGGUUACCCAAAAUGUACGCUUUUGCUGGACUGAUCAACUGCUCUUGAAAUUGAUACCUUUUCUGGGGAAAUGGUUCCAUCUAUUAAUUCAGUAACCAUGGGGCUUACAUAGAAAUGGUCAAUGUAAAAGGCUCUAUUUUCAUUUUCAAUGGCUAAUCCCACCUGUCUUCCACAAUGGAAGCUCCAGAUACAGCAAUCUUUGACCUGAAUUAUUGGAGAGGAGUUCUGCCCACUAUCCCUCUCUGCUUAUGAAAUCAAGAGCAGCCUUGAGAGCAGCAGGCUGCAAGCCCUUUAGGAGUACUUAAGCAUUUUACAGUGGUCCAAAGUAAAAAACAAACAAAACAAAAACCCACCCCAAA